AUGGGCAACGCCUCCGACGAAUACGUGCCCGACAUUGCGUCGCUGUCGCUCGCCUCGCGGGCGGUGCAUGCAGAUGCCCGCAUCGACGGACAUCCGGCCAUUGCGCCUGGCCUGCACACCAGCACCACGUUCCGGUAUCCCAGAGACCCGGAGAGGCUCAAGCCCAUUGCCGAAGUUGAUCCGCUCGGCUUCCACGUCUACUCGCGCCACACAAGCCCCAACAUGGCCCGCCUCGAGGCCCUCCUGACGUCCAUCAUCGGCCAGCAGGCCAUCACGUACGGCUCGGGCCUGGCGGCCUUCCACGCCAUGAUCGCGCACCUCAACCCGAAGCGGGUGGCCAUCGGCGACGGCUACCACGGCUGCCACGGCAUCCUGCGCAUCUUUGAGCGGCUCAACGGGCUCAAGAAGCUGCCGCUGGACUGCGACCUGUCGGAGCUGGGCCCGGGGGACGUCAUCCACGUCGAGACGCCGCUCAACCCGACGGGCGAGGCCCGCGACCUGCAGUACUAUGCCGACCGCGCGCACAGCGUCGGCGCCUACCUGACCGUGGACGCGACCUUUGCGCCGCCGCCGCUGCUGGACCCCUUUGCCUGGGGCGCCGACAUUGUCAUGCACAGCGGCACAAAGUACAUUGGCGGCCACUCGGACAUGCUGUGCGGCGUGCUGGCCGUCAACCCGGACAAGCACCCGACGUGGGCCGACGACCUGCUCGCCGACCGGCUGCUGCUGGGAUCCGUCAUCGGCAGCCUCGAGGGCUGGCUGGGCAUGCGCUCGCUGCGGACGCUGGAGCUGCGCGUCAGCCGCCAGAGCGCCACGGCCACGGCGCUCGUCGCCUGGCUCGCGGAGCAGGCGAGCGACGAGGCCACGGCGGCGGGCAAGACGGUCGUGAGGAUCCAGCACGCGAGCCUGCAGCCCGAGGCCGCGCACGAGGGCAGCUGGCUGCGCCGCCAGAUGCCCAACGGCUACGGACCCGUCUUCGCCAUCACCCUCAAGGACAAGGAGAUGGCCAAGCGGCUGCCGGGCAAGCUGGGCCUCUUCCAGCACGCGACGAGCCUCGGCGGCGUCGAGAGCCUCAUUGAGUGGCGGGCCAUGACGGACGCGACUGUCGACCAGCGGCUGCUGCGGGUGAGCGUCGGGGUGGAGAGCCUGGAGGACCUGCGGGCCGAUCUGCAACAGGGGCUGGAGGCCUUGGUAGCUGCUGUUUAA